AUGAUAGCUCCGAUAGAUGUGGCUCUAAAAAUGACAAAUCUAAAGGCAAAACAGAUUGACGACUUACUAGUACUUGGCCAUUCGACUCAAAUUCAGAGGAUUCAAGAACUUUUGAAAAGCAAAGUGAAAUGCGAACACAAAAGUGCUGUAAACUCGGAUGAAAUGGUGGUUGAAGGUGCGGCGAUUCAGGCAGCUAAACUCGGAGGCUACAUUUCAAAGCGCUUAACCCAGUUGAGUUUCCGAGAUGCAACCGCUCUGUCAUUGGGUGUCCGAUUUCGAGGCAACCUCAUGAAAGUUGUGAUCCCGAAAGAUUCACCGAUUCCAAUUUCAAAACAAAUCACUUGCACAACAACGUACGAUGGACAAAGCAGCAUGGAGAUACAGAUCUAUGAAGGA